AUGGCCUCCCCCGCCCAAAUCCUCCGGCUCUGCGUCCGGAGCACGGGCACUGGCAGCAGCCGGUUGGCAGCGGCGGUAGCAAACCACCGCGUUGCUGCCGUUGUUGCGCUCAGCAAGCGUCCUCAACUCCAGCAUCAAAUAUCCCCCGCCGCGGUUACGAUGAUCGCCCGGAGACCGAUUUCAACGACCCCGUCCCGCCGCUCCGACGACGAAGCCGACGAAGACGAGGAGGACGACGAUGCUCCGGGGGCUUGGGGCCUCCCGGAGGUAACCUUCAUGUCACCCGACGAGAUCCUAUCGCACAUCGCGAACUCGGAGUCCUCGUCCGAAGCCGAGCGGCAAGCCGCCCGCGAGCUGCUGGAGCGCUGGCAGAAGGUGCCUGCGCGCGACCGCGAGGAGCUGGAGAGGCUGGAGCUGGAGAUGAUGCAGACUGUGCGGAGGGGUGCGGUGCCGAAGCCACGGAAGGAUACAUUCUGGAAUGAGGAAGAGAGUGAUAGGGACUUGAUCACGGAUGAGGUCGGGGAAGAUGAUUUCGACGAGGAUGAUAUGACUGCUAUGGCGCACGCCAAGCUGGAGGAGCAUCGCGAGUAUCGGCAUUAUGCGAGGGUGGCGAUUUGGGAGAUGCCUUUGCUGGCUAAACUGGCCAAGAAGUUCGAGCCUCCUACCCAGGAACAAGUCCUGCGCUUCCGGUACACCACUUACAUGGGCGAGUGGCAUCCCGGCGACAGGAAGGUCGUCGUGGAGUUCUGCCCGUCCGACAUCCCGGGCCUGACGGAGGAGCAGCAGCUCAAGCUCAAGAAGCUGGCGGGCGCGCGGUAUAACCCGGAGAAGGACAUUGUGCGCAUGAGCUGCGAGCGCUUCGAGCACCAGGCCCAGAACAAGCGGUAUUUGGGCGAUCUGGACCCCACCGACACCUUCGCCGACAUCCCCCUCGACACUCGCCAUCACGAGUUCAAGAAGCCGAUCAAGUUCCCCCGCGAGUGGUAUUUGACUCCUGAGCGCAAGCAGCAGCUGCUGGAGGAGCGCAAGCGCGCCUUGCUGUUGGACGAGCAGAAGCGGGAGCAAGGCCUACUCGUCGACGGUCGCAAGGUAGUCGAGCAAGCGCUGAAGCAGCCGGUUCCGGUUGGUGUGCGCAUGGUGCGCGGUGGGCCGCAAGGACAGCAGCAGAGGGUUCGGUAG